AUGUUCAAGGGUUUCCAGAAGAACCUAGGUUCUUGGGGUGGGCAAAUCGCCCCCAUCGCCUCGCGCACUGUUCAAUUCACCAAGGAGCAGCUGGGUCAGGCCGAGGAUAAGACUCAAUUGCCCGCCGAGUACAUCGAGCUCGAGAAGCGUGUCGAUGCGAUCAAGGCUGUUCACCAGAAGAUGCUCGCUGUGACCUCCCAAUACUCGCACGAGCCCUACGAUUACCCUCCCAACAUCAAGGAGACCUUCCAGGAUCUCGGCCGCACCGUCAGCGAAAAGGUUCAGCUUUUGUCGUCGGCGACCUCGACCGCUGAGGCGCAGGCUGCCCUCACUGCUCCUCCCAGCGCCAAGCCGCAGCCCAAGACAUUCAACCAUGCUAUCGCUCGUGCCAGUUUGGCGAGUAGCCAGCUUUUGCACCAACAGCAUACCGGUGCUGGAGAGGAUCCUUUGGCCACGGCUCUUGAGAAGUAUGCUCUCGCCAUGGAGAGCGUUGGCGAGGCUCGUCUAGCCCAGGACGCGCAGAUCCAGAGCCGCUUCCUCGCUGGAUGGAACACCACGCUUAACACCAACCUUAAGUUUGCUACACGCGCCCGUCAGAACGUCGAGAAGGCCCGUCUUAACCUUGAUGCCGUCAAGGCGCGCGUCAAGGGUACUACCUGGAGGUUGCCUGGAACCGCCGCCUCCGCCCACGACGAGCAUGAGCUCAGCCCUGAGGCGCAAGAGGAGAUUGAGAAGGCGGAGGACGAGUUCGUUACCCAGACCGAGGAAGCUGUGGCUGUUAUGAAGAACGUGCUCGAUACCCCUGAACCGCUACGCAAUCUUGCCGAGCUCAUUGCUGCCCAAAUGGAAUUUCACAAGCGGGCUCACGAGAUUCUGAGCGAGCUUGCGCCCGUCAUUGACGGACUGCAGGUCGAACAGGAGGCAAGUCGUGCUUCGACGUACUCUUUGUAG